AUGGCGGCUGUAUUUCGUAAAUAUGGAGUGACUCAUAAGGUAUUUACAUCCUAUCACCUCCAAACAAAUGGUCAAGCAGAGAUUUCGAAUAGGGAAAUUAAAUAUAUAUUGGAGAAGAUGGUUCGCUCUGAUAGGAAGGGUUGGAGUUCACGAUUGAACGAUGUACUCUGGAUUUAUAGGACAGUCGAUAAGAGUCCUAUAAGUAUAUCUCCCUAUAGGUUGGUAUUUGUGAAGCCGUGUCAUUUACCGGUUGAGCUCGAGCACAAAGCAUAUUGGGGGAUCAAGAAAUGCAACAUGGAUCUUGAUGAGGCUGGAAUACAUAGAAAACUUCAAUUACAAGAAUUGGAAGAGUUGAGGAAUAAUACUUACAAGAAUGCAACACUAUAUAAAGAGAAGAUUAAGGUAAGUUACUUACGCUCUCGUUGGGCUGGUCCAUUUGUUGUGAUUAAUAUUUUUCACUAUGGCGCAGUGAAAAUUCAGAAUAUGCAAAUAGCUAAGAAAUUUGUGGUUAAUGGUCAUUGUUUUAAACCCUAUUAUGAAAGUGUUUCAAUGGAGAAGGUGGAGAUAAUAAAUCUUGAAGAUCCCACUUAUGCUGCUUGA